AUCAUGUAACAUCGGUGGCCUACUAAAUCAUCUUGCUGUAAGGAUCUCUUGUGUAUGACGUCACGCCCCUCUAGGACUCGAGGUUUAAAAAUAUCCUAACAUGUACAGGCCCUCCCACGAAUAACAUGAUGGUGUUUACUUUGUGGUGCUGCAGACGAUAAGAACCUUGGGAAUAUCCUUUUCCCCCACAGACACUAGAGAUGAAGCUCACCUUCAAACCACCUCAUGUGCGUAACACCGUGAUUACAAAUGAACAGGGUCAUGUUCUGUACUCGACCUCGACCGCCUUCACGUUCGAUACUCGUGUGACCGUCGUCAAGAAGCACGUCCCAAACGAAUUCAAUAUCGGCAAAGUAGAAUCGUCAGAAAUCCUCGCAAAGAUCGAGUGGCACACAUUUGCCUCAACUGUCAUCAAGUAUGACGGGAUGGAUUUGUUGGCGUCUCAGUUCAUUCCGAAUAAGGGGAUUCUUGGACGGCGGCGUGUUUUCCGAGGUCCCGAUGGACUGUUAUACAAGUGGAAGAUCGGCCCGCGCAAUUGCACUCUCAUGCUCGACGGCAAGGAAGUCGCACGGCAUCACCCGAUGGUUAUUGGUUUCAACAAGCCAGGACAUGAAGCAUACCUAGAGGUCUUUUCGCCAGUCGAACAUAUGUUGGACCUGGUAGUGCUGACGUUCAUAUAUGUGGAGAAGCUGCGACGAGGAACUCAGGAGGCCCCUGGAACGGAUCGCAUGCAUGCACCGAUUGAACCAGCUAAUUAGCUUCAAUAUGAAAGGCUUAUGCGAAGAAGAAUAUUGUACAUCCCUCUACGAUCUUCGCAACGCCUGCUUGGAGCGUUUUACACGCAGGGGGACGACUGAUCGUGAGUAGUAUUAGAGGCAGACGGGGGCGCGCGAGGGAAUACCUUAGCACC